AUGAAGACCCCCAUGCGCCAUGGGGCGGCCGUGCUCCUGGUGGUCCUCCUGUGCGCCAGCCUGCUCCUGGUGUACAACGGCAGCUUCAGCGGCCCCUCCAGGGAGGCCAACGACACGCGCCCCCGCCAGCACGUCCAGCUGCGUCCGGCCGCCCAGGCCUCGGUCAGCACGCCCCGGCCUCGCCCGCCGGUCCUGCCCGGAUACACCGGCAUCAUCGACCACAAGCCUCUAAGGAUGCACUGCCACACCUGUGCCCUGGUGACCAGCUCCGGUCACCUGAUCGGAGGCGGUCGGGGGAAGGAGAUCGACCGGGCCGAGUGCGUGAUCCGGAUGAACGACGCCCCCACCGCCCGGGGCUACGGCCAGGACGUGGGCCGCCGCACCUCCCUGCGGGUCAUCGCCCACUCCAGCAUGCAGCGGGUGCUGCGCAGCCGCCACGAGCUGCUCAACGCCAGCCAGGACGCCGUCUUCAUCUUCUGGGGCCCCAGCAGCUACAUGCGGCGCGACGGGAAGGGGCUGGUCUACAACAACCUGAGGCUGAUGAACCAGGUGCUGCCCGCCCUCAGAGUCUACAUCAUCUCCUGGCAGAAGAUGCAGCAGUUCGACGACCUCUUCAAGAAGGAGACCGGCAAAGACAGGAGGAUAUCCAACUCCUGGCUGAGCACCGGCUGGUUCACCAUGACCAUCGCCCUGGAGCUCUGCGACAGGAUCAACGUGUACGGCAUGGUGGCCCCCGACUUCUGCAGGGGCCCCCAGCACCAGUCGGUGCCCUACCACUACUACGAGCCGCGGGGCCCGGACGAGUGCGCCAUGUACAUCUCUCACGAGCGCGGCCGGCGCGGCAGCCACCACCGCUUCAUCACCGAGAAGCGGGUGUUCGCCAGCUGGGCGCGGACGUUUGACAUCCACUUCUACCAGCCCGACUGGAGCCCGCCGCCGCUGCCCGCCAACCGCUCGCUGGAGGCCUCGCCACCCCCCCCGCCGCCGCCGACCCUGAACACGUGA